UCUACCCAAUGGUUUUGUUCAUUCAUUCCCGAAUUUCUCUGUCUAAUUCACUUUCCAUAAUUGUUCGUUUCAUUCCUCCCUCACUCCGUCUGCAAUCGCAAUCAGAUCUUUUCAAUGCACUCUUUCUCAUUCUCCAACCUUGCGAUGCAUAUUCCUUGAUCGAUCAUAUUAAACCCAAAUCUUUAUAUAAGCGGCGAGCAAUGUAGUACCAAUCGUAGGGUUCAGAAGAAAAACCCCUCUUUUCGUUGCACUGCAGAUCACACACUCAGAGUCGGAUUUUUUACUAAGAUCCGAAUUCUGGGAACAUACAUUUGCGUUCUUUCGUAUUAUCUUUCUGUUCGGAUUCGUUUGCUGAUGUUAAUCUAAAUCUUGCUGCUUCGAAUCGUGGAUGUUAGGAUUUCCUCCGAUAGAUAAAGAUGGUGGAAUUUGGGAAAAAAUUGAAGGAGAGGCAAAUUCAAGAAUGGCAAAGGUACUACAUCAACUACAAAUUAAUGAAGAAGAGAGUAAAGCACUAUUCGAAUCAAAUUCAUGUUGGAGGAUUGGAACUCAGACAAGUUCUCAAGGAUUUCUCGAGAAUGCUAGAUAACCAGAUAGAAAAAGUUGUACUCUUUAUUUUGGAACAGCAGGGCCUGCUCGCCAGCAGGAUUUCUCAAUUGAACGAGCAACAAAAUUCUCUCCAGGAUCAGCCAGACAUAUCCAAGAUAUCGGACCUGCGAGAAGCUUACAGGGCAAUUGGGCAGGAUCUGAUAAAGCUCUUAUUUUUUGUUGAAGUGAAUGCCAUUGGUCUGAGGAAGAUCCUCAAAAAGUUCGAUAAGCGACUUAGGUACAAGUUUACCGACCACUAUGUCAAAACACGCUCAAGCCAUCCUUAUUCGCAGCUUCAGCAAGUAUUCAAGCAUGUGGGUUUGGGAGCGGUCAUUGGAGCCAUAUCUCGCAAUCUUGCUGAUCUUGAGGUUCGCCAAGGAAGCUACUUGUCCAUUUAUGAUGAACCAGCACUUCCUUUCCAGGAUCCAGUUGUUGAUACGCUGAACGCAGCUGUUGACCGACUAACUCAUUCGACAAAUUUCCUCGACUUUUUGGGCAGCCAUGCUCUUAUCAUGCACGAUGAAUUACCUCCCACUGCUGCCGCAAUUGAUGAAAGCAUAGAUGGCGAGAGAUACCAUUUCAUUUCUCUUAUUCUUAACCUGGCAAACACUUUCCUUUACAUGGUCAACACAUACAUUAUCGUUCCCACAGCAGAUGACUAUUCGAUGAGUCUUGGGGCAGCAGCAACAGUUUGUGGGAUUGUGAUCGGGGCCAUGGCAGUAGCGCAGAUAUUCUCUUCCAUCUACUUCAGUGCUUGGUCCAACAAGUCCUACUUCCAACCCUUGGUGUUUAGUAGCAUCGUACUUGUCGUUGGAAAUGCAAUGUACGCCAUGGCAUAUGAUCUUGAUUCCAUAGCAAUACUUUUAAUCGGUCGGUUGUUUUGUGGCUUUGGUUCAGCCAGAGCAGUUAACCGGCGUUACAUCAGUGACUGUGUGCCACACAAGAUCCGGCUGCAGGCUUCGGCAGCAUUUGUUAGUGCUAGUGCUUUGGGAAUGGCCUGCGGCCCUGCACUUGCCGGCUUGCUUCAAACCAAUUUCAAACUCUUCAAUAUGACACUCAAUCAAGACACGUUGCCAGGUUGGGUUAUGGCUGCAGCAUGGUUGAUCUAUUUGGUAUGGUUGUGGAUAUCUUUCCGGGAGCCAGCAGGCAUCUCCAGCCUCAACCACGGGCCGCAGAAUGAAAAUACAGAGCAGUAUGAUAAGCUCGAAAAAGGCCUUGUACAACCUUUGCUUAAAGCUAAUGAAAGCGAACAAGAUGAUGAUGCUGAUCAAGAAUGUGACGGUGGCGAAGAAGCUCCAGUGUUGUCCCGUCAGCCAGCUAAGUCCCUUCAAUCUGCCUACAGCUUGCUGACACCUUCUGUUAAGGUUCAAUUAUUGAUUUACUUCAUGCUUAAAUAUGCGAUAGAGAUUCUACUCUCGGAAUCAAGUGUUGUCACGACUUACUAUUUCGGCUGGACAACGGGCACAGUGUCUAUAUUCCUUGCCUGCCUCGGCCUUACAGUUCUUCCUGUGAACUUUGUUGUGGGAGGUUACAUCAGUAAUAUGUUCGAGGACAGGCAAAUACUAUUGGGGUCGGAGAUCAUGGUCCUGUUAGGCAUAAUCUUCGGCUUCCAUUUCAUAAUCCCAUACUCUGUGCCGCAGUAUGUCUGCUCAGGCCUCAUCCUGUUCGUCGCUGCUGAAGUAUUGGAAGGGGUGAACCUGUCGCUGCUGUCACGGGUAAUGUCAUCGAGGCUGUCUCAAGGGACAUUCAACGGGGGACUUUUGUCGACAGAGGCAGGGACACUUGCCCGGGUGGUGGCAGAUGCAACGAUCACCCUGGCGGGGUAUUUAGGGCAGGGUAUGCUCCUGAAUGCAACACUGGUGCCUUCCUUGGUGAUAUGCUUAGCAUCCAUUGUUGCUACUUGCUGCACCUACAAUUCUCUCUACUGAUUCCACGAGAUGAUGAUGAUGGAGGAAGAUUGGAUGAUAUAUUAUACAUGUUGUGUGGUUGGUUUCCUCUCUCUCUCUCUCUCUCUCUCUCUUGAUAAUUCAUUGUUUUAAUCAUUUAUACCUGUAAUAACGAAUGCAUUACCUCUCAGUUAUUAUUAUAGUGGGGGCAAAUAUUGUACUAGGAAUAUCAAUAACUAAAAAUAAGGAUAUCCUUAGCCUUUCUUCUCUUUAUCA